UAUUCGAUUGGCAAAUUUGACAAAAAUUGCUGAUGGAGCGUUCAACUCUUUAAGUAAACUCAAUGACUUGCGAUUAGAUGACAACAAGUUAACAUCUGUACCCGACUUGACUGGCCUUAAGACGGUGGAGCUAAUGCACUUGGGAAAUAAUCGAAUAAGCAACAUAUCAAGCCUUGCAACGUCAAGAAUCAACUAUGUGAGGGAAAUGUCUCUGAGGGAAAAUCAGAUCGAGCAGCUACCAGCCGAGGUGUUCCAGAAUUUGAACGUACUGUACGCUUUAGAUUUGUCCUUCAACAAUAAGCUGUCGUCCAUACCAGAUGGUGCGUUUUCUGGCCUCAAGCAAUUGGAAGUAUUGUUUCUGCACUUCAACAACAUCUCAAAAAUUAGCAGCCUUACCUUUGCUGGGCUUAGAAAUCUGAGGAUGCUGAUGCUUGUCAACAACAGUCUGGCUUCUCUUCCUGAAAAGGCUUUUGCUGAAAUGUCUUUGAGCUUUUUGUUUUUACAUGGAAACCGAAUCAAAAACAUUGAUGCGAAUGCUUUUCGCGGCCUCACUGAUCUGCGUUUGGUGACGCUAUUUGAAAAUCCCGCCUUAAUGUCACUUCCAAGAAAUGUAUUCAAUGGACUGACUGAAAAUGUUACUUUGGUUGUCUCCUGCAAAACCCUCAAAGAGCUUCCUCGAGGGAUAAACGAAGCAAGGGUUGUAUGUGCUCCAACAGAAUCUUUGUUUGUAAUCGUCUCUUACCGAGAACGCCGCUAUCAGCGGGAUGGUCUUCUAGCCUCCGGCUUUAUGUGUCCUAAAUGCAGAAAGGAGGUCUAUCCCAGAUGCCUUAAUUGUAGCCUUUGCUCGACGGGCACCUACAGCAGCCGUGAUACUACGAAUACACAUUGCUUGAAGUGCCCUGCAGGAGGCUUUUACCAAGACGAAAUGGGCCAAAUUGACUGUAAGAAUUGCUCCAUUGGCACUUAUGUUCCUGAGAUUAACUACCCUGGAAAAUCCGCGACUGACUGUCGUGCAUGCCCUUACGGUACCCAAUCUGACAAACCUGCUGGUUAUCGUGCAUGCAGUUGUCUCCCACAUUUCUUCCGCCUAGAUCGUUUUGGCCCUUGUUCAGCAUGUGAAGAGCAUGGAAUGGUAUGUCAGUCAGAUACAGCAAUUUUGGCGCCAAAGUACUUUUGGAAAUUUAACAGCUCAGAACAAAUGAACCAUUACAAAGAAUUUGUUCUUAACAUUCAAAUCUUCAAUGCUGAAUAUAACCGUGACUUUUCCAGUUAUCGCGCUUUGUUACCAACCCCUAUCAAAUGCCCCUUUACAGAUUCGUGCAAUGGUGGUAUUGAAUCAUCGUGUACAGAAGGAUACGAGGGUACCCUCUGCGCAACUUGCUCCUCAAAUCACUUUCUCCGUUUUAACAGAUGCUUAGAGUGUCCUAGCAUGUUGGUAACAGUAAUUUCCUGUGUUUUGGUCAUCGUGGUAUUUAUUAUUCUGUUUUUACUUAUAUUCUGGGGCGACUCAAACGCUGCAAAUGGCGAACGUGGAGGUACUGCGGCAGAUGUGGUAAUGUCUUGUGUAAAAAUCGUGGUUGGCUUUUAUCAAGUGGCCUCCGGUAUUUUCUCAGCGUUACGGCAAGUUCAAUGGCCUGUAGUUCUUGUCUCUAUGGAAAAAUACCUGAAGUUUGUCGAAGGGAACAUCUUGCAGUUCGCACCAUUGAGCUGCAUUGACCCAGUGUUUCGACUGGAUCCAUUCAUGCAAUUUUGUCUUUCUAUCUCUAUCAAUAUCUCAGUAGUUUUGUUAAUACUGAUCUACUUAUUACUUAAGAGACAAUACAUCAAAAAGUUAGAGAUUUCUGACCUCCAAAAAAAGGAUGAAAUUUCACAUUUGAAAAAGUCAUGCUACCGAAACAUAUUCCUAUUUCUUCUGUUGUCUUACCCAAUAACGAGCAAGAAAAUUAUCAAUGUCAUUCUGCCCCUGCCAGGAGUCUGUGAGGAUGUGUGUUUCACCAAAGAUGGCAGUGACUGCAUUUCUCUCCUGAAAGCUGAUUAUUCCAUUUCCUGCCACAGUCCAGCAAAUGGUGUGUACUGGAAACUAGCAGCCGCAUGCGCAAUAUAUCCUCUCCUCUUUCCUCUACUGCUUCUUAUUCCUCUUUACAAGUACCGUGAGCCUCGUCUCGAUGAUGAAAUUUGUUUUGGUCUUAAAGUUUUCUUUGAAAACUAUAAAGAGAAAUAUUGGUUCUGGGAGAUAAUUGAGAUGUAUCGGAAACUGAUCCUCAUCUCAGGCAUACUUCUGUUUGAUUCCACAAGCCAAUAUCAAAUUGUCUGUGCCGUAAUUGUUGCAAGUGUAUCAGGAAUCACUUACAGCAUGGCCCGACCCAUAAAAGGCAAAUUCGAGGAUCGAUUACAAGCCUUUGUGCUUUGGACGAUAUUCUUCAAUGUCUGCCUCGGUGCAAUAACCAUGUGCCAAAAUCCCAUAGAAAACGAGUCCAUGUUUGUGAAUGUCAUAUUUGUGCUUCUGAACAGCGCCGUGGUGUUAAUUGCUGUGGUUGAAGGCCUCCUUAACUCAAAGUCUAACUGGAGAAAUUUCUCCUCUUGCCCGGUGCGAUGUUUCCGGAUGAUGUAUGGCAGAUGUCGCGAUGGUCAUGGGAACAGACGGAGUGAUUUGUCCCUAAUUCAACCACUGACAGAGGAACCAUUAGUUUUCGAUGAAUAAAAAACUUAAUUGUUUUGGCUUCAUUAUGGUAAUUUGGUGCAGCAAAGAGAGUACACAGGGAUCUCUCAUUUUGUUGCUUAGCUGUACCCCCAGCCUAAGUCUGCUGCUUUGCAUAGCUACUACGCUGACAAAAAAAAAAUUAUCUAUUUCGCUUCAAUUGCAUCUGUUGUUCGUCAAAUGUUUUCGAAAUGUAGAUAACAAAGAAAAGUUAGGAAAGUUCAAAGAAAUAUUUUACAAUGCAAAAUAGUUCACGAACAGUGUUAUGCUUUGCUUCUUUUCUCCGUGUAUUUGAUUAUUUCUUUUUCAUUUUUAAUUCUAUCACAGAAACGUUGAGCAGGAAUUUAAGAUGUCACUAUAUAAUUACUGGACCUUCGUUUUGUAUACCCCACCCAUAAGGCCGGAAAGUUAAAUAUAUUUAAACAUCUGAAAGGCUUAUUUACUAAUCAUUAAUAUUUUUACCUGUAGUACAUUGCAAUUGGCCACAUUUACUCCAACACUUAAUUGACCCAUCUUUUCUUGGGAAAAUUGGUUUACAACACUACUACGCCCUCGAGGCAAAACUAAAAAGCCUGGUUUUCAUUGAAGAAACGGAUCGAGACGAUAACUUCUCCCUAGUUUGCAAUGAUAAAAAAACAUCAAUAUAGAUGCGUCAAUGGCUAUUUUAUUAUUCCCAAUUCCUCUUAAAGUAAAUGCUUUGUC